AUGCGGCCCAUCCCCGGCCCGGCGCUGCGCCUGCGCGGCGGCCUCGGGCCGACACAGCUCUCCCGGCCCGCAGUCCCUCCGGCGCCGGUGACGGAGGAGGUGCCGUGGCUUUCACUCGGCCUGAGUGGUGCCGCGCUGCUCGCGCUGCUCCCGCUCCUCCUCUCGAUGCCGCGGCAGGCGGGUGUCACCGCGGGCGCGAUUGCCGUUUCGCUGCUGCAGAUGGCGGUGCUCGACGCUCCGCCGGAGCAGGCGCUGCUGGAGGGCGUGCUCGCGCUCGUCUGGUCCGGCGUCAUCACGCUCAAGGAGGCGCUAGCUGGCUUCGCCUCCGAGGGCGUCGUCGCCGUCGGAGUCAUGAGUGCGGCGACGGGCGGGCUGGCCUACAUCUCGCGCUUCCUCCUCGGCCGGCCCUCGUCGCGCCUCGCCGCCGUGCUCCGCCUCGUGCUCCCCACGAUGCUGCUCUCGGCGGUGCUGAACAACACGCCCGUCUGCGCGAUGCUCAUGCCCGUCGCGCGCUCGUGGGCCGCCUCCCUCUCGCCCGCCGUCGCGCCCAAGCAGCUGAUGAUGCCCCUCUCCUUUGCGACUAUGCUCGGAGGCACCAUCACCCUCAUCGGCUCGCAAAACACCGCGCCCGAGCCCCCACCGCAUCCGCUCACGCGCCAGGCCGCACGCAAGCACGACCCGACCUCGCCGAUGGGCAUGCUCGGCAUCACUCCGUCCGGCAGGCGCCGCGUACAUGGUGGCAGCGGGCGGCUCGCUGCUGCCGGACGGAAAGAGCGCGCCCCUCGCGCCGCGCGCAGCGCCGUCCUCCGCUCCGUCUGCGGCGUCCUGACUGGGACGAUGUGCGUCGCGGCCGCCUCGCCGCCGCUCCUCGUCCCAACGGCCCUCUCCGCGCUGUGCGUGCUGAUGCGGCUCGGCUGCAUGGACCUCUCGGACGCGUGGGCGGCGGUCAACGGGCCGGUGCUCCUCUCGAUCGCUCUUUCCUUCGCGCUCGGCAAGGCCAUCGAGGUGCCCCGCACGGUGGCCUCCGCAGGCUCGCUCGCCCUCCUCUUUGCAAUCUACGCGGUCGCCAUCGCCAUCGGCGCCGUCAUCUCCAACAACGCCGUCGUGGUGCUCAUGUUCCCGAUCGUCGUGCGCAUGUCGGAGGCGUCGGGCGUGCCGUGGCGCGCCGCGCUCUAUACGCUGACCAUGGCCGCCUCCGCCUCGUUCUCCACGCCCGUCUCGUACCAGACCAACCUGAUGGUGUCGCGCGACGCCGACUACGCCUUCGCCGACUUUGUGCGCUUCGGCUUGCCGCUGCAGCUCGUCUGUAUGCUCGCCACCGUGCCCACCUGCUACCUGCUCUACAAGUAG